AUGCUCGAAACUGAGCAGUAUGAGAUCCCUGAACAAGGCACUGAUCCGAAUAUAAUACUUAAGAAAUAUCAUAUAAUUGUGGAGGAUCUCAAACGUGAUUUACAAUUAUGCAAGGAAGAACAAAAUAAUAUAAGGACUGAGUUAGAAACUCUAAGAAAUGAGAGCCAAAAGAUUUAUGAUAUAAAAGAAUCUUUAGACCAUAUUCAUUUGAAAGAAUGUGGUGAUGAAGAUUCUCAUAGAAAGCAAAUAGCAAAUUUACAGGAACGUCUUGCACUUUUAGUGACUGAGAAAGAUUCAGCUCUGCAGCUAUGGCAUAUGUCAUUAAAUACCAUAAGUGCUUUAGAGGAAGAAUUAAGAGGACUCCGUACAAAUGGAAAAGGUACAAAGUUCUAUCAAGACCAAGCAAAUGCAAUUAAGGAAAGUUAUUCUGAGGCUAUCAAAAUGUUAGAAGAAAAACUUACACAGGCCAAAGAUAAUUUUGUAAAAUACCAAACACUGUAUCAAACAAGCAAGGAAAGAGUUGAAUGUUUAACCAAGGAAAAGGACGAAAUAAUGGAGAAAUUUAGAAAUUUCCAAAUAGAUGCUCAAGAAAAAGACAGGAAUAGCCAAGUGACAAUAGAGACACUAAAAAUGGAAUUAGCUUAUGCCAAAACAGAAAGUAACAAGAUAGUGCAAGCUAAAUUAGAACUGGAAAAGAAACUGAAUGAAGUUAAGAGAUAUGCUGACAAUAUAGUAGAAAAAGAUAAGGAAACCAAGAAUAAAAUGGCAGAAGCCAUUGAACUAAUAGAAUCUGCAGUUAGGGAAAAAGAUUUGGUGCUUCAUCGUGAAAGUCUUGCUUUGGAAGAAAAAGCCCGAUUGGAACAUAGGUUGGCAAUAAUAGCUAGUGAAUACGAUACAAAGAUACAGGAAUUGAAUAAAAAGACACAAGAUGAAAUUGAAUUUAACACAAAAAAGUACUUAAUGGAAAUUAAAGAAUUUAAAACAGAAUUACAAAAUAAGGUUGGAUUAUUAGAAAAAACUCAGAGAGAGCUGCAAUUUACCGAAGAGGAACUGACUAAGACACGUAGGGACUCCACUGUGAAACUACUCGAAUAUGAACAGAAAGCAAAACGUUUGGAAGUUCAGUUACAAGUGUACGAUGAAACCAUUGCUAAGAACAGAUAUGAUGUGGAAAUUACACAGCUGAAAGAAAAAAUUACUAUUCUGGAAAAUAACCUGGCUACUUCAAAUGAUAAGUUACAGAAAUUAGAAUGGCAGCAUUCCACUAAUGUAGAAGAUCAGAUUAAGAAAGCUAAUCGUGAUAAUAAAGAUACACUAAAACAAUACUCUGACUUAGAAAGUCAAUUAUUAAAAACAUUAGGUGACAAAGAGAACCUCAUUUUACAGUUAAAGUCACUAAAACAUGAUUUUGACUCUGAAAUACAGAAAAGAGAUAAUGAAAGGCAUUCUCUUGAGAAUAAAAUUCAUGAAUUGGAAGUGAAUCUCCACAAGGCAAAUUGUAUGAGAGAGUCUAAAUUGAAAGAUACUCUUAAUGAAGAAAUGAAUCCUUAUCUAUAUGAUCUAAAAAAUAAACAUUCUUUGGAUAUAACAGUAGAAAAUAAAUGUCAUUGCUGCCAAUCAGUAUUGUCAGAUCAUGUGAAUAAAUUGCAGGAGAAGUUUGAUAGAAAAACAAAGGAGUUAAUCCAUCAUGUUCAAGUUCAUCAGAAAUUAAGUAAAAAAUGGAGAGAUGAAGUAAAAUCAUUGACAGUGAAGUUUCAAGGAAAAACCAAAGAACUUAGGAGUAAAAUAAACAUAUUGCAAAAAGAAAAUAAUGAAUUAAGUGAAGCACUAUUAGCUUGCAAACAACAACUGGCACAACAUACAUUGCAAGAUAUACAAAGAUUCAACACAAGUGAAAUUAGGUGA